AUGUAUUAUUUUUAAACAAAAGGUUAUAUUGUAGAAUUUGAAGAUAAAAAUGGGAGUGAGUAUCUACUCAUAAUUAAUUAUUAUUUUAAUGAUAACAGAAAUUUGUUUUACACAAAAGGAUUUAAAAGCAACUACAAUAAAAGAUGCAAUAAAAAAUUGGGAAGAUGAAAAUAAGGAACCAGCAAAUGAAGCUAUUAAUGUUUGUUUACAAUUUCAGUGGCCACCAAUUGAAAAAAUGGAUAACAAUUUAUCUGUUUUAACAAAAUGCGAGUAUGUGUUCAUUAUUUGAAUAAUAUUUAUCAUGAGUAAUAAGAAUUACCAUAUUUUUUCUUAGAAAAUUAUCAUUAAAUACAAACAUGAUUGAGAAGAUAAAUGGUCUUGCUGCUCUAAGAAAUUUGAAAAUAUUAUCAUUGGGACGAAAUUAUAUUAAAGCAUUUACUGGACUUGAACCGUUGGCUGAUACUUUAGAAGAAUUAUGGAUAUCAUAUAAUUUAAUUGAAAAAAUGAAAGGAGUUUUAGGAAUGCGCAAACUUAGAGUUUUACACAUGUCCAAUAAUAACGUUAAAGAAUGGGCUGAAGUGAAUAAACUGGUCGAAAUGGAAAACCUAAAAGAUUUUUUAUUUGUUGGUAAUUUACCUAUUAAUUAUUAUGCAUAUAACCAAUAACAAAAAUACAUAGGUAGGUUAACAAGAUAGGUACCUAAUUAAUAUUUAAAUUAUUUAUAUAUAUAUUCACAUAUCAAUAUUUUAAUUUAUGCUUAUUAGAGAAUGUAAAGUACAGCAUAUAAAAUACUUGCUGUGUAUUAUGAUAUUCGUAUUUUUAUUGAAGCAUUUUCACAGUUGGGUGGUGGGGGGGGUGAGAGGUGGGUACAUCAGGUUAUGUAAUUAUUGGGACAUCAAAAAGAUGUUCCAAAAUAAAAUGUGUAUUUAAUUUCUACAAUGUUUUAUUUGCCAUAAUAAUAAGGGUUUUGUUUUUUAUUUUAUUUUUUUUGAGGAGUACCAAAAAUUGAUCAUUAACGUAGCAAUAUUUUUGCUAUACACAACACUGCAUUCUCACUCCUGAUAAAAACACUAUUGCAUCACCAACAGUACCUAGCUUAGAUAUAAAUAUAUAAUAGGUAGGUAUCCUACAUUUUUCGUAGACUAAUAUAAACGUUAGUCUGUGGUUCUGUUAUUCUAUGUAUAUGAAUAUUAAAUAUUAUUAUUAAUAACUAUUGAUAAGUGAUCAUAUUUUAAAUUUAAAUUGUUUUAUAUUUAAUUCAAUGGCACAAUUAUAGAUAUUUACAACAAUUUUUUUUAAAAUCUUACAAUAUUUGAUUUUCUGUAUCUAUUUUUUUUAAAAAAAAAACAACUAUUUAUUUCAUAUAAAAUUUUAAAUGAAAAGACUGAAUCCAAAUAAUUAUUUUCUUUUGAUAUUAUUUAUUUUAUUUUUCAAACUACUUAAUAGCUAAGCAAAAUUAUGAACGUGUCACAAAACAAAAUGUAAUUUGACUUUUAAAAUUUAAUUCUAUUAAUUACAAUAAUCAUUAUAAACGACACCCAUAUCAUAAUUAUUGAUAAUUUGUUCAAUAGUAAUAACUUUUGUUAAAGGCUUAAAAAAAAGUAUUUAUAAUUAUUUAUCUAAUAACCUUUAAAUAAGUCCAAAUCAAAUUCAAUUAAGUCACCUAAGACUGCUUCUAUAAAAUGUUUCAUAGAGGUAGUAAAAUCAUUUUGGUAUUUUUAUGCAUUGGAAAUGUAUUUUUAUGUCUUUGUUUUUGCCUCUUAUAAUUAUUCACAUGCAAUUAAAAAUUGGUUUGUCUAUUCUUAAAAUCAGAAAAUAUAAUUAAAAUACCUACCUCUACAAUUACAUACCUCUAAUAAAAGUGUAAUUAACAAUUAACAAUUAAACUAGGCAAAAUCAAAGACAUUAAAAAUACAUUCCAAUAAAUACAUAAAAAUACCAAAUGAUAUUACUACUUCUGUGAAACAUUUUUUAGAAGCAGACUUAGGUGACUUAAUUGAAUUUGAAUUGUUAAUAAUUAUCUACACCUAUAUACCACCUACAUGAGUAGCUAGCACUUCAUAACAUAGCACAACUUUACGAAAUCACUGUAACAAACCCUAUUCGGAUUUAUUAGAAUUUGUUAGAAAAAUUUGUAAAAAUUUGUAGUGCUAGGCACAUGUCCAGCACUACAUACAAAACAAAAAUUUAAAAAGGUUAUCAACUUUUUAACUUUAUAAGACUAGGCUUAAUAUUGUUGGACAAUUGUUAAAAUUUGUUAGAUAAAAGUUUCACGAAUAUUUCACCUUAAAUAUGUAAUGCCAGGGUACACAGUACUACAAUAAUGUACACAUGAAGAGCGUACCAAAAAAAUAAGUUAAAAUUCCAACAAGUUUAAAAAUACGUCUUACAACCCUUUUUAAUACAUCGCAAUGAAAUCCAACUACCCAGCAAUGUUUUUUUUUUUAAUUAAGAGCGAUUUUUUAGCCAGCACUACACAUUUAACCAGCUAUUAUCGGUGUACAAUUAUCUCAUAAUUGAAUAAACUUAGAAAAAAUGUAUUUUAAAUUCCAACAAAUUUAAAACCGCGUUUAACAAAUCCUUUUUAAUACAUCACUAUGAAAUUAAACUAAUCAUACAAAUGUUCAUUCAAUUAUGAGAAAAUUGUAUAAUGAUAACGGUCUUGUGACUUGUUAGUAGUAUAUUCUGAUGUUAUCUUGAUGCCCAAAUACUUGGAUUGAAUUUUGUUCAUAUCUAGCUAGAUAUACGGAACUUAUAAUUUUGUCUUGUGCACUACAUUAAUGACAAAUAUAAUAUAUUUUAUUAAGUUUAAGAUUCGGAAGAAUCAAUAUGUAAAUAUAAUAAACAGUAGCAAGCCGAAUCAAUAGUAGGCGAAAUCGUUACACAAUCGGCGGAAUCGAUAUACAUCCACGCCACGAACUCAGUAUUUCUUCAUUUUACCAUAUUUUAUUAAUCAUAUUAUGUAGGUAGCUGAUUUGUUAAUAUUGUAGUGACUUACAGUUUUAAACUUGUAUAUCCUAUAGUUGACCCUUACACUACUUCUCUUUUAAUAUUUGAGUUAGAAUCGCCAAUGAUUAUUUUUGGUUUUCCCAACUGUACAUCAUCACACACUCCGUCUUAGAAAUAAUUUUUUACCUCUUCACUUUUAUCCUCUGUCGGUGCGUAGAAAUUUACUAUUAUGAUAUUAAACCAUCUGCAAUUAAAUUCUAUAUAGCAUAUUCUGUCAUUUAUUUUUUCAAACUUGACAAUAUUUGGUAGGAAUUUAUCCCUAAUUAUGAAUCCUACCUAUAAAUUUAUUAUGUUAAAUAAAAUUAAGUAGGAGAAAUUGCAGGGUUAUGCCAAAAUAAUAUAUGUUUAAAGUUAUUAUGAAAAUUGAACACAUUUUAUGUCAUACAUAUUCAAUAAAAUAUUAUAUAUAUUUUUUAGGAAACCCGCUGUAUGACUGUUUAGAUGAAUCUGUGUGGCGUAGUGACUGUAUUAGAAAACUUCCUAAAUUAGUAAUUUUGGAUGGAGUCCCAAUCAUAAGAGAUUAAAAGCAGCAGGUUUGUAUAAAUAUAUCAUUGUAAAUUUAAUAUUAUUAAAAUUAUUAUUAUUAAAGAAGUCAAAUUGUCACAAUUUAAGAGAUAAAUAAAAUAUUUUUUAAAUCUAUUUCCCCGGUAAUUCCACUUUGAAAUUUUAGGACCGGAUCCAAGGGCUAAGAUUUUUCUUAGCUUGUUCUCGAUUGUUUGGAAAAUUCCGCCGUUUAUUACUUCCUUAUUCUUAUAGCUGAACUGUCAGAUUACCCAUCACCGAACAGUGAUGUACUUGUGGGGGGGGGUUAUUUGUCCCUCCCUCUUGGGCCGUAUGUAUAAGCGGAUUGUUAUUUGUUUUUAAAAUUAUUUUGAAAUUUUUUUUUAUUAAGUAGUUAAUAAUAUCAUAACAUUGUCAAGUCCUAUUAAAAUAUUUUUGUUAUCAAGGUUGUGAUCAAGAUUUCUACCGUGUAUUAACUAUCAAACACCUUGGUUUCUGGGUAUCAUUUCGUUUCGAACGUUAUCUCUUAUCAUUGAUUUCUAGUUACAAAAUAAAUGUGCUAGAAUCACUUAUGCUGGCUUGCACUGUUGCAUAUUGAUAUUUAUAGGAAAUAAGUAUACCGGUGGACGAUAUCAUUAAAAGAUUUCCUUUUAUGAAAAACUGAAGGCGUAAAAUCACAUAUUAAGUCAAAACUACCUAUAAAUUGAACUAUGUUUUAUUUAUCUAUUUUCUAUUGAAAUUUGAAAUUUAUUUACCAUUACUUUUUGAAUAAAGGUUUACAAUGAAAUAAUAAAUACCUACUUGUGCAUUAUUUUAAUAUAUAACUUAUGUUUUAGUAAAACCACUAAUUGAAGAAUAUAGGAAGAAAAAUGUUGGAUUUGUUAAAUUAAAUAUUUUAAACAAUGAUAAUAUUGAUAAUCGGACAAAAUCCUGUACUUAUCAGUCAUCAUAGGCUGCCAUUUCUAAGCAAGAUACAAGAUUGAAGAUUGUAAAUACCUAUGAUAUAUUUUAUUCAUAAAAUAAAUAAAUGUAAAACAGCUAAUCUAUAAUAAAAAGUGAAUUUAUUGUUAGAUGUUAGUUGGGUUUUUAGUUUUAUCAUUUUAUGUUUUUGUCAGUAGCGAAAUCAGGAUAUUAAGUCAAAGGCGG